CAAGGAGGCGGAGCUCCAGUCAAGUGAGAGGGGAAGAGGCUAGCUUCUUUUGAUCUGCUUAUUUGGUGUUGGGAUUUUCUAUUUUGUACAUACACUGUUUUGUAUAUACUGUAUAUGAUGACUUCAGUGGGCAGUGAACGUACCCAGGGCACUCGGGACAAAAUGCAAACUUCAACCACACAGCCAGUGCAACAACAGAAACAAGUAAUACAGGCAACAGCAGAACAGAUUCGUCUUGCUCAGAUGAUCUACGAUAAGAAUGACACAGAUUUUGAAGAUAAAGUGAAACAACUUAUUGAAGUGACGGGGAAAAACCAGGAUGAGUGUAUAGUGGCACUACAUGAUUGUAAUGGGGAUAUGAACAGAGCAAUCAACAUACUUCUAGAAGGAAGUUCAGACACGACUUCUUGGGAGACUGUAGGGGGAAAGAAGAAAAGCCUUGGAAAGGAAAGUUCAGAAAACAAAGAGAACAGAGAAAAACGAGGAGACAGAGAAGUGAGUCGUGGGCGGGGAAGUUCCAACAGACGGGGAAGAGGAGGCAGCCAUGGCCAAGAGUUUAAAGCUGAAGAGAACGGAGUGGACAACAAUCAAGGAGACAGACUUUCAGACCGUGGAAAACAUGGCCGUGGGAGAGGUGAGAUGGUGGCAUUUGUGUGGGACUGGUACUUACUGGUUUCAUUUCCUGAUAUGGAACUCUAUAAUUUAUUUAAAACCUUAUUUUUAAGCAUUUGUUGGUUAUCCUUUGAUUCUAUAAGCACUUCAGCCACAUUUAAUUAGGUCCCUUCCCCCUCCCAUACCCCUUUUUAUUGUUGGAUCUCCAGGUGACAUAGAGGAGAUAUGUGUCAAUUAUUUUAUGGCAGGAUUUUUUGUGUGAGCGACUGGUGUGCUCUAGCUAUGGAGAGCUCUUUUUCCAGUUUUUAUCAUGCCAGUCUCCUGUGAGUGACUGGACUCCUCAACCUUGGUAGCAGGAGAGUACAGGAUUCCAUCUAUAGAUCAAUUGGAGGGAUUUGACACGUACUUGUCAUUUCUUUUGGGAGAAUUCUGUUGUCAUGCUUACCUUCUGUUUUCAGUAGCCAUUCAGAGCACUUGCCACCUUAGAGGCAUUUAGAAAAGAGGAGUUUGAUAUGGAAUUGUUCACGAGGAGAGCUGUGGAAAGAACACUGUGGAGUCACAAGUACAACUCCUAUUGUACCCUACAGAAAAGAAAGGAAAGAUGUUGGAUUUAAUGUGGAAACAAGGGAUGCAUAGUUGUUUUGAAUGUUCAUGAGAUCAAGCAGAAAAAAGCUUGUUUUUCUUGGAACAAGAAGGGAAGUGGGUAACCUAGGAAUGGUACAAAUUGUAAGGGGAAAAUAGAUGUUAAUUAAUAAUAAAAGAUAUUAAACAAUUGUGACCACAAAAUGCUGGAGUUCAAGAUCCUUCAGGAGUCAAAGAGGUUGUGCAACAAGCUUGCUACUCUGGACUUCACGAGCACAGACUGUGAACUCUCCAGGGAAAUGCUUGGGAGAGUGACAUGGGAUAAAGCCCUGGAGGGAAGAGGGGCACAAGAAAGCCAGUCAAUAAUCAAUAACCACCCCCUCCAAGAUCAAAAGCAGUACAUCCUCAGAAACAGAAAGACAAGUAAAAACACCAAGAGGCCUCAGUGGAUCAACAAGGAGCCCCUGGACUUACUUGUGCAAAAAAAGAAAAUCUAUAAGGAGUGAAAGCAGAAACAAGUUACCUAGGAGGAUGCACAAUCAAUGAA